AUAAAUAAAAUAAAAAAAGAAAGAAACUGGCACUUAUGGUAUAGGCCACGCAUGCUUUCAUCUCUCAUUCAAUGCUUUACCAAACUCUUCUCCUCUCCAAAAUCCACAACCCCUUCUCUCUUCUCUCCUUCUCUUAUCCUAUUCGCUUCAGGUUCAAGAAACAAGAAAUGGAAUGUGUUGAAGGCGCUUUGAAGACCAGUUUUAGAAAAGAAGUGGCUAUGAAAUUUAGCCCGCAAGUUUUAGACGAUUUUUGGGCAGUUAAUGUUCCCAACGGCAUGUCGUCUGAUGACUUCUCUGUUGAAAAGCUCUUAGACUUCUCUAAUGAAAACGACUUCAUUGAAGAAGAAGAGGAGGAGGGGGGAGAUAAAGAGAAACCUUGUGUUUUUUCUGUUUCUGUUUCUCCUAAGCAAGAAGCCCUUGAAGAAGACAAAAACAGUGACAGUAGUCCUGGUUUUGCUGUCAAAGAUGAUUUUUUUUCUGUUCCUACAAGUGAACUUUGUGUGCCGACGGAUGAUUUUGCAAGUCUUGAAUGGCUGUCACAUUUUGUGGAGGAUUCCAACUCGGAAUACGCCGCACCGUUUCCGACAAAUGUUUCUCCGCCGGAGCCGAAAAAAGAGAACCCGGUGGAACAGGAGAAGUUGGUUUUAGAAGAGCCCUUGUUUAAGACCCCGGUUCCAGGCAAGGCUAGAAGCAAGAGAACAAGAAAUGGUGUAAGAGUUUGGCCACUCGGGUCGCCCUCUUUAACAGAAUCAUCAAGUUCCUCCUCUUCAACAUCCUCUUCAAGCCCUUCAAGCCCUUGGUUAGUUUACUCCAAACCCGGUUUGAAAGUUGAACCGGUUUGGUUCGAGAAACCGGUGGCGAAAAAGAUGAAAAAACCGGCUGAUGAGGCAGCGGCAAAAGGUUGUGGUUCCAACUCGUCGAGGAGGUGUAGCCAUUGUGGGGUUCAAAAGACUCCACAGUGGAGAGCCGGUCCAAAUGGUUCCAAAACCCUUUGCAAUGCUUGCGGGGUUCGAUACAAGUCGGGUCGGUUACUGCCCGAGUACAGACCGGCUUGCAGCCCAACUUUCUCAAAGGAAUUGCACUCGAACCAUCAUCGUAAAGUGCUUGAAAUGCGAAGGAAUAAGGAGGGUUUGGUUCCGACUGAACCAGGUCUGGCCCAACCCUUUGUACCCAGUUUUGGGUAGAUUAGAAUCGUAGUCUAGAGGAAGGCAGGGUAUUAGGGAAAAGAGAGGAUAGGAAAUUGAACCGGGGGCAUUGAAACCGGUUUUUAUUUAGGUUCGGUUUGUUAGUGUACAUUUUUCCUUUCAGGGUGGGUGAGGUAGAUAUAGUAUUUGUAACUGAAUUAGUGACGACCUUUAAUAUCGUGCUCUUUGUUUUUUGA